AUGUCUCACACUUCCCUCCAUCGCCAUAGCUCACUCCCUCUCAUCGCCCUCGCGCACUCCCCUCCCGUCGCCUUCGCGCACUUCCUUCCCGUCGCCUUCGCGCACACCCGUCCCGGCGCCUUCGCGCACUCCCCUCCCAUCGCCUUCGCGCACUCCCCUCCCGUCGCCUUCGCGCACUCCCCUUCCGUCGCCUUCGCGCACUCCCCUCCAAAGAGGAUGAUCACUCCCUCCCGUCGCCCACGCUUCCUUCCUGACGCACGAUCACGCUCCCUCCCCUCCCGUCGCCUUUGCGCGAUGCCUCUUUCGCCCCUCCUCACUCUCUUCCGUCGCCCACGCUCACUCCCCUCCCGUCGCCCACGCUCACUCCCCUCCCAUCGCUCAUGCUCACUCCCCUUACAAUGGGGACUCCCCGCGCCUUGCAACUCUCCUUCCUCCUGCUACGCCACACCCCACACUCUCGUCUCCCCAUCCCUCAUCUCCCCUUCCCUCGUCUCCCCAUCCCUCAUCUCCCCUUCCCUCGUCUCCCUAUCCCUCAUCUCCCCAUCCCUCGUCUCCCCAUCCCUCAUCUCCCCAUCCCUCAUCUCCCCUUCCCUCAUCUCUCCAUCCCUCAUCUCCCCAUCCCUCACCUCCCCAUGCCUCACCUCCUCAUCUCUCAUCUCCCCAUCCCUCAUCUCCGCAUCCCUCAUCUCCCCAUCCCGCAUAUCCCCAUCCCUCAUCUCCCCUUCCCUCACCUCCCCGUCCCUCAUCUCCCAAUCCCGCAUCUCCCCAUCCCGCAUCUCCCCAUCCCUCAUCUCCCCAUCCCUCAUCUCCCCAUCCCACACCUCCCCAUCUCUCACCUCCCCAUCCCUCAUCUCCCCAUCCCUCACCUCCCCAUCUCUCACCUCCCCAUCCCUCACCUCCCCAUCUCUCACCUCCCCAUCCCUCAUCUCCCCAUGCCUCACCUCUCCAUCGCUCAUCCAUCCAUCCCUCAUCUCCCCAUGCCUCACCCCAUCUCCGCCGCACCCCGUGGCAUCACCUCCUUUCCCCAUCCCGUCAUUCACUCUCCCUCCGUUCCCCAUCCUUCCAUUCCCCAUGCCUACUUUCACCAUUCCACCAUACCCCAUUCACCAUACUCCUAACCCCAUCUCCUCCUCACCCCAUCUCCUCCUAUACACAUCCGCUUCUUUCCCCUUCCCUCGUCACCGCGUCCCCUCCUCUCCCCAUCCCCUCCUCUCACCAUCCCCUCUUCUCCCCACCCCCUCCCGUCCUCUCCCCAUCCGGCCAUCCCACCUCACCACUUCCCUCCUCUUCCCAUCCAUCCUCUCCUCAUCCCUCCCCAUCCGUCCUUUCCCCAUCCGAUCCUCUCACCCUCCCCUCCAGGUGUUUCCCACACCGCCCUCGGCCCAGCGGCACCUCUUCAUCCCUUGUGCUUUUCUGCACCAGGGAGCUGCUUGGGGCGCUGUGGGUGGAUGGCGGUGGGCAGAGUCACACAGCAUAGGCAGACGUGGUGCUGCCUGUCCUCCCUUUCCCCCGUCCUCCCUCCCCAUCCAUCCUUCCCUUCCUCUGUUCCUCUCUUCCUCCAUACGUCCCUUCCUCCGUUUCUCUGUCCCUCUUUUCCCCUGGUCGUCCUUCUGUUUGUCUCCUACCGUAUGA